AUGACCAACUAUGAACACUUUGAUGAUACUAAGCUUUGUGAGGAUGAAGAUGAAUUACAAAAUGACUGGACCAAACAGUAUGGAACACCGGACCUAACAAGCACUAUUAGCAAUGUUGGCUGCGGUGGUUGUGGUGCAUUACUUCAUUGUUAUGAUCCUGCUAUCCCUGGAUAUAUUCCAAGUGAAAUAUUUAAGGGUCGUUCAGUUGAAGAACUUCGAACAAUUGAAUGUCAAAGAUGUCAUUUUCUAAAGGAAUACAAUAUUGCAUUGGAUGUUACUGUCCAGUCGGUAGAAUAUGAAAGGCUCCUCCAAUCUAUAAAAUAUGUUAAGUCCUUAGUUUUACUUAUGGUGGACAUACUUGACUUUCCAUGCUCUAUUUGGCCUGGUAUUGUAGAUAUCAUUGGCAAAGACAGACCUAUAUUUAUUGUUGCAAACAAGUUAUUUAAUAGUUUGUUAUAUAUAACCUGA